AGUGCGUUAGCRUUCAUGAAUAUACCAGACGUCUAAGGUUUAUCCUUAUGAAUUUUUUAUCUGUCCAUGUUAAAUAAUGUUUUAUGUGUAAGUUUUCCUUAGCGCCUACUAAGUCAAAGUCAAUCAUUAUUCAAAACCUGCGGACGACAAGUAGUGCUGUACAUGAAGAUUAUCAUCGACAAGAAACGAGAAAAACAAUUGAGAUUUUUGAAAUUKAUAUUUUGCAGACCGUCUUGGCCGUAUCAACGCAUUAAGACUAGUCAUGAACUGCAAAGGUUUAAUUUCGAGGGAUAUCAUAAGAUUAUGUUGCAGCAAUCUCAAAGAUUUUGUUAGUAUUUUUUUUCUCAAAAGUUCGAGCAAAAAUAACGAGAAAAAAAAAAAAAGAGAAGAAAAGAAAAAGGAGAAGGACUAAAAAAACACCAACUGGCAAAACGGUCACGCAUCCAAUUGGACGGCCGUUGCGCCCAAACUCGAGGGAUGUGAUUAGUCGAUUCCCGGUAGAUUACUCUAGAUUAGGUGCAUUGUUUUUAAACUUAAAGAUCGUUUGUCCUUACGCUCGCCCUGAUUGGUUAACGCASGCUCCUCAAGGAACACGACUUUCUGAAAAAUAAAUGCAAAAAAGAGGAAAAUCUAUAAAUUGAAUAAUACUUUUUCGUUUGCUCAACAAUUCAGCGUGCUACCAUGGCAAUCCAUAACCAUUUUACUAAGGAUUUAAAUGURAAGCGUACUCCGCCAGUUGAACCAUGACAACGAAAAGACAUUUGCAUUUAUGUGGCUCCAGCUCUAUCAUAUCGUAUGCAAAUUUCGCCAUUGAACGACAUCAUCUACGUGUUCGUUCGCUGUUUCAACCGAAAAACAAACAAUUCCAGGACAACUUCAGCAGUUACUACAGAGAAUGAUAGCAAGUGGUUUUACCAUGAACGAGUACAAAGACGACUUGUUGUCUUCACUGGAAAAACUACGUGUAGACGAGCUGCUCUGUGAUGUUGUACUUAAAGUUAAUGAAAAAUCAUUUAAUGUMCAUAGAUGCGUACUAGCAGCCAGUAGUUUGUACUUCCGAGGAGCUUUUACCAGUGAAAUGGCAGACAAAGAUGCUACAGAAAUUGAACUAGAUGUUCUUGAUACAGAUAUUAUGGAUCCKCUSUUGGAGUAUAUGUAUACUGGUAAUGUUACCAUCGACGAAAUUAAUGCCAGAAGUUUGGUGGCCGCCGCCGACUUCCUCUUAAUCCAAAGCCUGAAAAGAAUGGGAUGCGAGUUUUUGGAGUCGAUCAUUUGCCCUGAAAACUGUUUUGAGCUGCGCGACUUUGCCGAGAAAUACAGCUGCGACCAACUCAAGGAAACUGCUACAAUGUUUAUCAUUCAUAAUUUUGCCGCAGCAAGCGAAUCAGAAGGUUUUAAAGUAGUUGACUAUAAGGUGCUUUUAGAUUUAAUUUCACGCGAUGARCUUGUWGUUAGUUUGGAAGAACAAGUUUACGAAGCUAUAAUGACAUGGAUAAGACACGAUAUCAGCUCCAGAAARCAUUUCUUUGAAGAUCUGUUUUCAAAGAUUCGUCUGGCAUCAAUAUCAAAACAUUAUCUCAUUGAAAAAGUGGAACAAGAAAAGCUUGUUUCGCAAAGUUUUCACUGCACUAAACUUUUACUGAAUGCUAUGAAGUCAUUUGUCGUGUACGACGUUGAGCAAAUCCAAAAGCCACGGAAAGUUCUGGAAAAGUACGUUGAUGGAAUUGUGUUGUGCGGUGGGAACAGAAGUCGAGAUGUAGUCUGCUUCGUCCCAGACAGAAACAAGUGGGUCAAGUUGGCUGAAUCAAGCAUCGCACGCGACGAGCAUGCUGUCACUGUAUGCGACAACGUUUUAUUUGCGUUUGGGACGAACUUGACGGAAAACAGUCAAAUUGUUGAGCAGUUUAAUGUCAGUACAAACUCUUGGACACUUAUUACUGACUUGCCUCAAACGCGCUGCGCGUUGACCGCGGUYACAGCAGGGGAACAGAUCUACGUCAUUGGAGGACGGACCAGCCAUUUAAAGGCAACUAACAGUGUAAUGAGGUAUGAGCCAAGCAUUAACAAGUGGACCCACGAGACUGCGAUGAAAGYGAGUCGAGCAGGGCAUGCUGCAGUCUAUUUGGACGGAUUUAUCUACGCAUUAUGCGGUAUCAACAACGAUGGSGAGAUUCUAAACAGCGUAGAGAGGUACAGCCCAAGAUUAAAAGCCUGGCAAGAUGUYGUAUCCAUGCAGUCACCYAGAUAUUAUCCCUCGGCUGCUGUCCUCAACAAUAAAAUCUAUGUUGURGGMGGYCAGGGCAARAAUGGUAGCUGUAUGUCUAGUGGUGAAGUGUAUGACUAUAUCAACGAUAAUUGGUCGUCUUUGCCCAGUUUGAGUAUGCCCAGGCAGGCUGCCGGGAUAUGUCGGUGGCAUAAUCGAUUGUAUGUUUUUGGUGGAUGYAAUAAUUCCGGUCGACUAGAYACCGUAGAGUACUUCAAUCCCAUUAGGAAGACUUGGUCUGCCGUGACUAAGAUGCCAGUCGCACGCGCUUGGGUUCAGUGUGGGAUGCUCCGUCUACCAAUAGAAGUUGUCCGUAAAAAUGAAAUGUAAACGUUGAAUUGUCAACUWUUUCAUACUCCGAGGUCAAAUAUAUUAUUUUAUGAUACUAAAUUAUCUUAUAAAUUCUACGAAUAAAUCGUAAUAGUAGUGGAGCCUUUCUUACAUGGUAAAUGUGAAUAAAUCUGUUUUAACACU